GCUGAAGUGCGCUAAAUUUAAAUCGCGGCUGCGGAAACCACGGGCUCGAACUGCGCAAUCAAUCAUCAUAAUCGCGACGACAUCUUUCAACAAUCAUUUGGAAUCUUCUGCGACUUACGCCGAGGAAUAACAUCAAUCACAAUAUUCGGCUCAUGAUCGCAAGUCAAUCUCAAGAUGGCUGAUCAACCACCAGCAAUGCAACAUGAGGACUCCAUCAGUUCGCAAGAUCCUCAUCUACAUGGUGACAAAGGAAAGACGAAGAGUAGACGGCCAGCAAAUACGGCGUUUAGACAACAAAGAUUGAAGGCAUGGCAACCAAUUCUAACACCAAAAACCGUCCUCCCAUUAUUCUUCGCCAUCGGAAUUAUUUUCGCGCCAAUCGGUGGAGGGUUGUUAUAUGCUAGUAGUGUGGUCCAAGAAAUUGUACUCGAUUAUUCGAAAUGCCAUACGGAUGCGCCAACCUGCACCGACUACCUCGAUACAGGCUCUCUUAUGCCUGAUGACAAUGUUGAAAUGUUUUUCAAAACACCAUAUGUAUAUGAGGGAACUCCUCCGCAAUGGUGCAGACAAGAUAUCAACCAAACAUACUACAACGGCAGUGUCGCACAUGCUACUGUUCCAGCUGUACAGUGUCGACUCACAUUUCCAAUCAAAUCCGAAAUGGAGCCUCCUGUUCUAUUCUACUAUAAGCUCACAAACUUCUACCAAAACCAUCGACGAUAUGCUAAGUCCUUCGAUUCUAAUCAGCUUUCCGGAAAAGCCGUUCCCGCAAGUACCAUACAUUCUAGCGAUUGUACGCCACUCACGACUGUAAACGAUAAUGGUGUCGAUAAGCCAUAUUAUCCUUGUGGUCUAGCUCCAAACUCCGUGUUUAAUGACACAUUCUCAAGUCCAUUUCUACAAAAUGUCGCGAAUAGCACCUCGGGUGGCGUAGUAUAUCCUAUGAAGAACAACUCAGAUGUGUCAUGGAGUAGUGAUAGGGAGCUAUAUGGUCAAACAAAAUACAAUUGGUCGGAUGUGAUUGUUCCUCCAAACUGGGUUGAGCGAUAUCCAAACAAUUACAGUGACGAUUACCAUCCUGAUCUCGAGAACGAUGAAGCAUUCCAAGUUUGGAUGAGAUUGGCUGGUUUGCCAACAUUUAGUAAACUGUUACAGAGAAAUGACGACGAUACUAUGAAAACUGGACAGUAUCAAGUCAACAUCACACAUCUUUUCAAUGUUACCGAAUAUGGCGGUACUAAAUCAAUCGUUCUUUCAACCCGUACCGUUAUGGGUGGUAAGAAUCCUUUCCUAGGUAUCGCCUAUAUCGUGGUUGGAGGUCUCUGUAUCCUACUCGGUGCGCUCUUCACCGUUACUCAUCUUAUAAAACCAAGAAAACUGGGUGAUCACACAUAUUUGAGUUGGAAUAACGACAACCCUACAACUGCGACUACCAGUGGACGUGAAAUGGGUGCGAAUAUGGGAUAGGUGCUGGACCGAGAUUGGAUCAAGAAGGGGGACGUGUAAAAUAGAGAUGGAUGAUGAGAUAUGAGGCGGGGUCGUUGUUUUUGAACAUUUUAUUCUUCGUUACCAAUGGGCAAUACGGCGUCUAGGUAUUAUGAGCUUUUGAUAUCUGCUGCUUUUGAGAAGCAUUCUGCAACGCGAGGAAAAGUGGAUGGAAGGAAUCUUUGGCUGGACUGGGGAAUCAAUGGGUGCUAUGAACAUUUUGUGCUCUUACUUUUUGGAUUAGAAAGAAAUUUAUUACCUUGAAAUAGACCGC